AUGGCUGUACCACAAUCUGUAAAUGCAAUUGCAAAAGCCGCAGCUGACGCAGAUGCUGUGAAGGAUCAGUCAAAAUCGAAUGAAGUGUCGAAAGCGGAUGGGUUUCAUGAUCUAGAAGGUGGACGCUUCACAUAUUCUGAACAACCUUGUAAACGGUCAAGGCGCACUGCCCAGAGCGCACCUUGUUCACCAAAGGGGGUUUUGUUUCGUCGUGAACAAGUGAAUGCAGGAUCAACGUUUCGAGUCCGACAGUCUGUGAAAGAUGGUAGAUCGUUACUCCAAAUUUGCCAUUCUCCUCCCGAAUUUCGUUCUGCACCAAAUAAUCGUUACUCAAAGAUUCGAUUAGGUUUACCUGCUGCUUUGCAUUUAUAG